AUGACUUCUACCUAUAAUCCUUAAGAAAGAGUAGCAGAAAUGACAAAAGCAAUAGAAUGGAAAGCCAAUCAUGUAUCAUAAGGAAUUAUUGAGACAGGAAAUGCUGUUUAUAAUUAAGAAUAUAAUAAAUAUUUUGAUCAUGAAAAGCAAAAAGUGAUUUCCGAAUAUUAUAAAAAAAUGGAAUAAGUAUAAUCCUAGAAAAAAAUUGAACGUUCAUCUGUUAUUAAUGAAUGUAGAUUAAAAAAAAUGACUAGAAGAUAUGAACUUUUAGAAACUUUGAAAAUAGAUGUAAAAAAACAAUUAGAGAGUUUAAUUUAGAAUAAGGAAUAAUAUAAAAAAUUACUUAAAGAUCUUAUUAUUUAAGCUAUGAUUAAAUUAAUGGAAUAAAAUGUUGAAUUGUAAUGUAAAAAAGAAGAUUUGGAUUUAAUAUAAAGCAUUAUUUAUGAAUGUGAAAGUAAUUUUAAUACUUUAGUUAUUAAAGAAUGUAAACUUAAAAACUUUAAUUGUAAAAUAAGCAUUAAUAAAGAUUAUUUUCUUAAUGACAAAAAUAAAAAUAUAUUAGGAGGUGUAGUUAUUAGUUGUUAUGAUGGAAAAAUUGUUUGUUCAAAUACUUUAGAUGCAAGAAUCGAAUAAUCAUUUUAAGAAUUUUUACCAGAAAUUAGAAAUGGACUUUAUCCUGAUUUUAAUAAUGAUGGAGGAAAAGCUAAAAUUUGA